UGCUGUACUUCUCUUCCUAUCCUGGUCCUAUCCCCUCUGCUGACCAGCCUGCCUGCCUGCCUGCAAACUCCUCUUCCACGACUAAAACAACUAACGCAACUAUGUCGAGCAGAUCUAGGACAACCACCUCCUACAGCGUGAGGUCUUCCUCUGCCCCGAGGAACUUCAGCAGUCUUUCCUACUCUGCUCCCGGGGCUGGAGUUUCCCGCAAAAGUGUAUCCAUGAAUUACUCCAGUGGUGGCGGGAGAGGCUUUGGGGCAGGCAGCAUCGGUGGGGGUGGUGGCUACAUCUCCAGCUCCUCCGUUUAUGGCCUGGGCUCUGCCAUGGGUGGUGGUGGCGGCAUGGGUAUGGGCAUGGGCAUGGGCAUGGGUGGUGGUAUGGGCAUGUCGCAGGCCCCUAUCACUGCGGUAACUGUGAACAAGAGCCUCCUGGCCCCCUUGAACCUGGAGAUUGACCCCAACAUCCAGGCUGUCCGUACCCAGGAGAAGGAACAGAUCAAGAGCCUUAACAACCGCUUUGCUUCCUUCAUUGACAAGGUGCGCUUCUUGGAACAGCAGAACAAAAUGCUGGAGACAAAAUGGAACCUGCUGCAAGGACAGACCACCACCCGCUCCAACAUCGACGCCAUGUUUGAGGCCUACAUCACCAACCUGCGCAGACAGCUCGACAGCCUGGGCAACGACAAGAUGAAACUGGAGGCUGAUCUGCACAACAUGCAAGGCCUGGUGGAGGACUUCAAGAACAAGUAUGAAGACGAAAUCAACAAGCGCACAGAAUGUGAGAAUGACUUUGUCCUCAUCAAAAAGGAUGUUGAUGAGGCCUACAUGAAUAAGGUUGAGCUGGAGGCCAAGCUGGAGAGUCUGACAGACGAGAUCAACUUCCUCAGGUCUAUCUAUGAGGAGGAACUUCGUGAGCUUCAGAGUCAGAUCAAGGACACCUCCGUCAUUGUGGAGAUGGACAACAGCCGUCACCUGGACAUGGAUGCCAUCGUGGCUGAAGUCAGGGCUCAGUAUGAGGAUAUUGCAAACCGCACCCGCCAAGAGGCCGAGACAUGGUACAAGACCAAGUAUGAGGAGAUUCAGACAUCCGCCUCCAGAUACGGAGAAGAUCUGAGAACAACCAGAACAGAGAUCGCAGACCUGAACCGUAUGAUCCAGAGACUGACAUCAGAGAUCGAUGCUGUGAAGGGACAGCGUGCCAACAUGGAGGCCCAGAUCGCAGAGGCCGAGGAGCGUGGAGAGUUGGCAGUGAAGGACGCCAAGGGUCGCAUCAAGGACUUGGAAGAUGCCACCCAGAGAGCCAAGCAGGACAUGGCCCGACAGAUCAGAGAGUACCAGGACCUGAUGAACGUCAAACUGGCUUUGGACAUUGAGAUCGCCACCUACAGAAAGCUCCUGGAGGGAGAGGAGGACAGGCUGGCAAAUGGCAUCAAGGCUAUCAACAUCUCCCAACAGAGCACAAGCUACAGCGGCUACCCAAUGGAGUCCAUGAAGAGCAGCUACUCCAGUGGCUACUCCUCCGGCAUCUCCAGUGGGGGCUACUCCAGUGGGGGCUACUCCAGUGGGGGCUACUCCAGUGGGGGCUUCGGAGGAGGUUACGGAGGUGGCUUCAGCAGCGGCAGCGGCAGUGGCUACAGCAGUGCACAGAGCAAGAAGAACGUGGUCAUCAAGAUGAUCGAGACCCGCGAUGGCAAAGUGGUUUCCGAAUCCUCCGAGGUCAUCGAAGACUAAGCGCCCCCCUAAAGAGUACCCACGUCUGCUUAUUAGUUUUUAUACUUACAAUUCACCCCAGAUGUUGUAAUACCAGCCACUUCCAGUAGAGCUUGUUUUGUUCAUGAAGCAAUAAAUUCUAACACUACCAAAGACCUGAAAGGGACCAAAGAAUUUAUUUUGUAUGUGUUGUCUGAGUGUAUUGGGGAAAAAAUGGCAUAAAAUGGCACACUGAAAAAAAUAUCUAUAUGCAAAUGCCAUUCUUCUCACACAAAGAACCAUUCAAAUUCAAAAUGGUGCGCUAAGAGGACAUUGAAGGAAAAUGAAUGUAUUUCGGCAGUGGCAGUGUUGGGGUCAGCUAGUCUUAAGCACUUGUUACAGUUAGGUAGUGCAUGUCUUCCCUGAGCGUGUAACUGUUCAACCCUUUAAGGAGGCUGCCCACACCACACAGCUGUCCUGAGGUGCUGUUUUUGCUAUGAUCAUCAAAUAAAAGGUGUUUACUAAAA